AUGCCCGUCGAUAUCUUCGACGCGCCGUCGGAGCCGUCCUAUGUGAAACCUAGCCAUUCGUUUGCAUUUGGCGAUGGCAAAGCUUCCUCUUCGCGCAAGUCCCGCCGCAGUCGGCACAAGCACAAGACAGAGGAAAAUGCAUCGUCGUCGACAGCAUCCGGUCUGGACUUUGACGACGAUCGAGUCGAGUUGUACUCGGGGGCCCGCCCGAAUGCGUCCUCGCGACCGAGGCAAAAGAUAAACAGUGACAGAGGACAGCUGCGGCAGUCGCGCAGCCGAACAAACUCGUCAUCGUUUGCGCACUGGGACGACGGCGACUCGGUGGGGGCAACUGAAACCUCGAUCUUGGCCUCGUUUCCAUUUCACUCGAGCUCGUUUCAGCCCGACAACAACGACACGCCGGACGUGUACGACUACGACAUUAAUGACGCCGACUUGACAAAGUACACGUCACCCCCCCAUUUUUCCGGUCAGACUCGAACAAGGUCGAACAACCACCGAGGAAACCUGAGCGCUGGCAGCUGUCGAGUCUCUAGAGCAGUCGACGAUGACGACAUCUACGAUCGACCACCGUCUCGACAAUGCCACGCAUUUCCGACCCACUUGGUGGACCAGAUGCAAUUCGAUGACGGGGGUGGCGACGACGGGGAUCACCCCCCGGAGGAGGGCCGCCGGUCGGAGACGCUGCUGAAGCGGCGACCACCAUCGCGACACAAACACUUGUCCGCGUCGCAAAAGCACAUCCACGACGCCUUUCGUGGCUCAUGCGAAAUCAACGAGCAAAGCUUGGAAGACUCGAUCCAUCGGUUUCGAACGCGGCGAGAAAUGCGCCGACAGAGCCAUGACCCGACUCGCGAUGGAUUUGAUCCGGUGGACGAGACCGUGCCUCUUCCCUUUCGAAUUGAAGUCACGACACAAAACAAUGGCCAUGCGACCGGCGGCAAUCAAACGCAGAAAGCAAAAAGCACCAGCCGACGUUAUCGCGCGAGUGCCACCACCACGCCGAUUCCAUCCGCAGCCUUCGACGAAAUGCGUCGUACACUGAAAUCGCGGGCAGAAGACCCCGUGGUCGUCAGGAUCGCACCAGAUCGCCGGAGCCAUCUUCCCCGAGGCGCUGAGCAAACCCCGUCGCAAUGGCUCAAGGACGAGCCCCACCCGUUCUUCGAAAACACAUUGGCGGCACAGCUGCCCGAAUGGCUCGCAGCGACGUCGUUGUUGCAAAUGGACUCUGGCCCAGAGACAAACUCGGACGGCAUCCGCUCCGCCGGUUCGGACGAUCUCAAGUUGGACGACUUCAACUUUUCCGCGACACCACCGGCGCCGCCCGAGUCGAGCUCGCUGCACACGUCGCUGGGAGUGGAUUUUUUGAGCUUGUUUGCUCAGUCGUAG